ACUGACGUGGGGAAACGACAGAGGAGGAGAAGCAAGCGGCGGGCGCGGGAGGGAGCCGACACGCAAGCGCGAUGCUGAUGCUGAUGCUCAUCUUUCCCCGGUUACGCCGCCCGCCCCCGCUGGCUCGGCUCGCCUUAAACUAAGCUUAAGCUAAGCGGCUCUCGCCUAAAGCCUCCCUCCCUCCCUCCCACCCCCGGAGAAGAAAAGGACCGACCGACCCCAAAACCUCUCCUGCUCUCCCUCGAGGCCUCCUCCACUGGGCUCUCUCGUCGCCUCCCCACCCAUUCCAGCGGUUGACCGCGGGAGUCGGCCAGUGAAAAUGGAAGGGAACACUAGAGGAGGCGGGCAUUCUGAAGCGUUAAAGAACUACAAUGUGGGCAGAACAUUAGGUAUCGGCACAUUUGGAAAAGUGAGGAUUGCAGAGCAUAAGCAUACAGGGCACAAAGUUGCUAUAAAGAUUCUGAACCGUCGUCAAAUGAGAACUAUGGAAAUGGAAGAGAAAGCAAAGAGAGAGAUCAAGAUAUUGAGGUUGUUCAUUCACCCUCAUAUCAUCCGGCUUUAUGAGGUCAUUUACACACCUACAGAUAUAUUUGUUGUGAUGGAAUAUUGCAAGUAUGGUGAGCUAUUCGACUGCAUUGUUGAGAAAGGGCGGUUACAGGAAGAUGAGGCUCGUCGAAUCUUCCAGCAGAUUAUAUCUGGUGUUGAAUACUGCCACAGAAACAUGGUUGCUCAUCGUGAUCUAAAGCCAGAAAACCUGUUACUUGAUUCCAAAUAUAAUGUGAAACUUGCCGACUUUGGGUUAAGUAAUGUCAUGCAUGAUGGCCAUUUUCUGAAGACUAGCUGCGGGAGUCCAAACUAUGCUGCACCAGAGGUUAUCUCAGGUAAAUUAUAUGCUGGACCUGAGGUUGAUGUUUGGAGCUGUGGGGUGAUACUUUAUGCUCUUCUUUGUGGCACUCUUCCAUUUGAUGAUGACAAUAUUCCCAAACUGUUCAAAAAGAUAAAGGGAGGCAUCUAUAUCCUUCCAAGUCAUUUAUCUGCUCUUGCAAGGGAUUUGAUCCCAAGAAUGCUUGUUGUUGAUCCUAUGAAGAGAAUCACAAUUCGUGAAAUUCGAGAACACCCAUGGUUUCAGAAUCGCCUUCCUCGCUACCUGGCAGUGCCUCCACCAGACACGGCGCAGCAAGCCAAAAUGAUUGAUGAAGAUACACUUAAAGAGAUUGUCAACCUGGGAUAUGAUAAAGACCAUGUGUGUGAAUCAUUGUGCAAUAGGCUGCAAAAUGAGGUAUAUGCAAACAAAAGUCAGUGCUUCAUUCCAUUCAGUUAUUUCAUAAUUGACUUUAGACAAUGUUUCCAGGCAACUGUUGCAUAUUACUUACUCUUGGACAAUCGGUUCCGGGCCACUAGUGGCUAUUUGGGGGCUGACUAUCUACAAUCAAUGGGUAGGAGUUUUAAUCAGUUUACUUCAUCGGAAUCAGCAAGCCCAAGUACCAGGCAGUAUCUUCCAGCAAGCAAUGAUUCUCAAGGCAGUGGCUUGCGGCCAUAUUACCCCGUUGAAAGAAAAUGGGCUCUUGGGCUCCAGUCUCGAGCUCAACCUCGUGAGAUAAUGAUCGAGGUUCUAAAGGCACUUCAAGAAUUAAAUGUCUGCUGGAAGAAGAAUGGACACUACAACAUGAAAUGCAGGUGGUGCCCUGGGUUUCCUCAGGUCAGUGAUAUGUUAGAUGCCAACCACAGCUUUGUUGAUGACUCUACCAUCAUGGAUAACGGCGAUGCUAAUGGGAGGCUACCUGCCGUGAUCAAGUUUGAAAUCCAGCUUUACAAGACCAAGGAUGACAAGUACCUGCUAGAUAUGCAGAGAGUUACUGGACCUCAGCUCCUCUUUCUGGAUUUUUGCGCGGCCUUCCUUACCAACCUUAGGGUUCUAUAGUAUGCUGCCUCUUCUGGUUGAGUGAUGAAUAGUGAGACAUGUGACUGUCAGCGAUGAAUAAGUUGGUGCCUGUUCUGGUUGAGUGAUGAAUAGUGAGACAUAUGACUGUCAGCGAUGAAUAAGUGAUGGUGUGUAAAUAGGUGGUGUGUUUCAUCUUCGUUUUACCCAGUCCCUGACAACGAACCGUGUUGUUUGGGUGACUAGUCCUGUGUGAAGCACCAAAAGGUUAAGUGGUUGUUAUAAAUAAGACUUAUAUGGUAAA